AUGUCUGAGGAAUUUCCUCAAGAAAAGAAUGUCCUAGAAAAUGAUGAAUCCAGUAAAGUUACUGAAAGUUAUACAAAGCUUGAUGUGGGUGAUUCAGAGAGUUAUGAUGUGCCAUCUAUUAAAGACUUGAGUACUUUACGUAAAGUUGCUGGUCGCAUACCCACUGAAAAAAAUGGUCAACCUGGUGCAAUUGGUGCAGGUCAACAAACUGCAACUGCAUUAACUUUGUUUUUCCAAUUCUUUUGUUAUAUCACUCCUAUAUUCGGUGCAAUUCUUGCUGAUCAAUAUAUUGGAAGAUUCAAUACUAUUUUUAUGUUUUGUUGUAUUUACAUGGUUGGUCUAGUUGUCUUGACUGUGACUGCAAUUCCACAAGCAAUUGCUGCAGGUGUUACUCUUCCUGGUCUAAUUAUUGCUAUGGUUAUUAUAGGGUUGGGUACAGGUGGAAUCAAAUGUAAUGUUGCUCCUUUGGCCGGUGAACAAAAUACACUCACAAAACCCUAUGUCAAAGUAUUAGCAAAUGGUGAUAAAGUCGUUGUGGACCCAGAAUUGACCACUCAAUCUAUUUUUCAUUGGUUCUAUUUGGCAAUAAACAUCGGUGCUCUAUCCCCAGUAAUCACUACAAAUGUCGAAAAAUAUCAUUCUUAUUGGUUGGCUUACCUAAUUCCAUUAAUAAUGUUUAUUUUCGCAAUUUUGGUGUUGAUAAUUGGAAAAAAUCAAUUGGUCAAAAAAACUCCAAAUGGAUCUGCUUUAUUAAAUUGUUUUCGAGUUCUUCGUGUAGCUUAUUCUCAUGAUCGUUCUUUAGAAAAUGCAAAACCUUCCAAUAUGUCUGAUGAUGCUAAAGCCAAAGAACGUGUAACUUGGGAUGAUGACUUUGUGGAUCAAGAUCAAUACAAUACUACCGUAUGCAAUAUUUACGCGAAAUAA